CUUAUCUUUAUAACCUAUAAAACCAAAACAGCUACAUAACCUCAUUUUUAAUUGUCAAAAUAUUAAAAUAAAAAUGAGAAAGAAAUUUGUACUGCCGAAUAUCUCUUUUAAUGACCAGACAGAAGAUUCAAAUGGUAUCGUUGUGGUUGCUAUCAUUGGAAAGUCUGCUUUAAAUACCAAUGGGUUAAAAGUAAAAUCCUUAGGUCGCAUGUUUUCAUCAAGUGAUCACCAUAAAUCAGAAAGUACAAUUGAAGGUUUUUAUGAUGAAGAAAAACGCACGAUUUAUCUUCAUGCUUUCACAUUGAUGGACACUAAUUGUUUUUUGGAACAUUAUGAAAAUCUGGUUGAAAAAAAUAAAGAAACUAAUUUCUUAUCAAUAUAUGACCAAGUUAAAAGUUCCUUUGCAAAAACUAUGCUAAUUUUAUUCCAUGUUAGUCAUAUAGUUGUUUUAAGCCACCCAGGAAGUACUUUUGAUGUCAAUUUUAUACAAUAUUUUAAAGCAGUUGAUAGUUUAAGACAAAAAUUACUCAGUGACAUAAGUGACUCAUUAAAAAACAUUGAAAGUGUAAGCGAUGAGUGGAUUUUAAAUGGAAGAAUGUGUACCCCAAGAUUGUUAUUUUAUUUUGAACAAAGCCCCAAAAAUGUUACUAAUUUAAAAAAACUUGAGCAUAAUACCGAAGAUAAAAUUUACCAAAUUUUAAAGAAAACCCGUAUUGUUAACAAUUGUACUUCGUUAUUUGCAAUUCCUUUGAAUCAAGAAUUUGUAUUUAUGUCUACUGAAGGUUCUAACGACCGUCUUGGAAACGCGGUUCGAAGUCUAAUUCAAAGCUGCCAACCUGGAGCAACAUUAAUAAUAGAACCCCCAUUUUGCGUUCAAAUAGACAACGGUAAAAAAAGUUUUUCUCGUUUCCUCCAAGUACACAUUCAACAAGCCAAAGAAAAAGGUUUUGAUGAUAUUGUUGCAUCAAUGCGAUUAAUUUCUUUCCAACCCUGUCAUUUUGAACUUCCUAAAUUACACGUUUGGGUGCAAGUUUGCAAAACUAUUUAUGCAUUAGUAACGAAUGAUUCAGAAAAAUUGGUGCAAAAUUUAUGCACUGAUACUAGAUUUUCUGAACAACGAUGUGAAAAAGUAUUUCCCAUCGCUAUUGCGAGAUACCAAGAAGGUUUACCAAGUCAUUAUAGCAGAGGUGUACAUGAAACGAGGCUUGGUAUUGCUUUAAAUUUAUUCGCGGCUCAAGCUCGUGGGCCUAAAUUUGAAGAAUAUCGUGCAAAAAUCGUUGGAAAUUGUAAAACUUAUUGGGAAAAUUCCCGACAACUUUGCGAAUCACCAUCUUUAACAGGAAAUCCAUGCACUUUACCUAAACAUAAUGACGAACUAGAACACAAUAGCGGUGUUAGAUAUAUCGCAGCAUGUGAUUGUGGCAGAAUACAAAGACCGCGUGAAGAUCCUUACACAACAGUUUUAGCUAAUCACGUAUUUUUUAAACAAGCUUCAAAAGAAUGCGCUUGUUCUGGUUUAGAUCGAAUCGAAUUUGAAAUGAAAGAUAAAAAUUUAGAAUUUGAAACUGAAUUGAAACAAAGAGAAGUUUCUUCAGCGAUGUUAACAACAAUUUCACCAAGGUCGUUCGUCCCAGAUUUUUCUUCUUGGUCUUUAGUUUGUUUGGGCCCCUCAUCUUUAUACAGCCAUAAUUUAGGAUUAUUGGAAGCCCAUCAACCGGGAUUUUUAAAUUCAACCAAUUAUCUUUUACCUUGGGAUGUUGUCGUUUAUAGCAAACCAAAACCGAUUAUUUCUUUAGAUCAACAUCUUGAUCCACAAAAAUUUUUAUUACGUCAAAAACGUAUUCGAACGAAUAAUACUCGAGUACCACAAUUUACGGUUAAAGUAUUUAUUGGGGUUGAGUAUGAAUGUCCAAGAGGUCAUCGAUUUAUGUUAGCUGCACCUGAUCGAGUUUUAAGAGCUACUCCUGGAUCUAUUGUUAAGGACACUGGGCAUAAAAUAACAGAAUCUGAUAUGCCUUUGUAUUAUCCAUGUCCUUGUAGACCAACAAAACCUCUUACAGCUCAAUUAAUGAGAUUACAUGUUGUUACACCAAAAGCUUCUGUUUAUGUUACAGUAAAUCCAAGGGUACAACCAGCGGCUGGUUCUCCGAUUUUUAUAGCAACAGAAGAUGGCCCAACAGCUUUAACACAAUCAACUUAUUGGGUUAUGAGAUUACCCUUUAUUUAUUCAACUGAUAAAGAGAAUUUUACUGAAAAUCAUUCUGGAAGAUUGUUACAGGGUGUUUUUGCUGUUAAUAAAAUUGAACAGUAAUAAUUAAUAAAAUGUUUUAUUAGA